AUGUCUGUCAUGACCAACGCCAGCUAUGGCCUCUCGCCAGGUCAUCAAGCCAAAGGCAGAGCCCGCCCCUCGACGCCUUUUCCUCAUAUAGACGACUUGCUCGCCGUACCAAAGGACAUUGAUCCGAAUCAGUCCAUCAAGAGACUGUUGGACAUGACAGAAACAUCGCUGCGACAGUCCGAAGUAAGCCGCAAUUUCGACAGGCCUGCCCUCGCCCUCAAGGACUAUAUCCGUGCCUCCAUCCUCGCCGUCCAGGUCAUUGUCAAGCACAAAGACUACCCCGUCUUGAGGGAUUCCCGCAGCGAAUCUGGCCGACUACACAAUGCCAUCCUGAAAAGGAUAUCUCAGCAGACCGACAUCUACGAGGACAUCAAACGCAAUAUCAUGGAAGACAACAAGAGGACCGGGGUCCAGCCGACAGUCAAACGCUCCGCUCCACCGUCGCCAUCAAAAGCUCAAGGAACCGGGCCGCCGCCUGCUUCCCUCGUCAACGGAGAGGCGGCUUCCUCGCGACCGCAGACAAAGGCAAACGGCCGCACACUACAGCCCGUGAACGGCUCUCCGGCAAAGACUAAGCCCGCUGUGCUCCCAAAACCCCAAUCUCUGCAUGGAAAUGCCAUAGUCCCGGGCUCUGGGCGCUCUGCGCCGGCCAAUAAUCCCAAGCUCGACCUGACUGCUCGGUUUGCCAAUCUCAGGGGCCCCCAAUCUUGUCCCGGGCAGGAUCCUCGCAUCAAAACAUAUCCAAUUCCCACCCAGAAGCCAUCAGGACCGUGGCAGAUGCCCGGCAGCCCGGAACUCGACGUCGACUCGGACCCCACAGCCUCGGCUCUUCCCAAGGUACCCGAUGCCAUCUACAGCCCGGCCCGCACCGGCUCAUCAACGUCACUUUCUAGCAUGCCGAGCAUGCUCCCACCGCAGACCAAUGAGUUUACCCCCGCGGUUCCGACCUCCGCUGUGCCUGAGGAAGAGGAGGAGCCAGUCGAGCUUCCCGAGGAGGAUAACAUCACUGCCGAACAGCUCUGCAAAGUCAUGAAGGCAAAAUUGUCUAUUUUGCUCAUAGAUAUACGAUCUCGAGAAGAGUUUGACGAAGGGCACAUAAUGUCAUCGUCCAUCAUUUGCAUCGAGCCGAGUAUUCUCCUGCGGGAAAAUAUCUCCUCGGAGGAAAUUUCAGAGAGCAUGGUGCUCUCGCCCAAUCCAGAACAGGCCCUGUUCGAGAGGCGCGACAGUUACGACCUCGUUGUUUUCUACGACCAGGACUCAGAGCGAGUGCCUCAAUCUCCGAAAAGUUCUGAUGAGCUAGUCGUCGUGUCUCUGCAUCGGGCUUUGGAGCAUCUCAACUACGGCCGGCGACUCAAGAGGUCGCCAAGAAUAUUACGAGGAGGCUUGGGUGCGUGGGUGGACCUCAUGGGACCUCUGGCGCUGCAGCCGACCACCUCCACGACCUCGACCUCAUCAGCUACUCUGGUAAGACAGAAGCGAAAUGGCUUCAUUCAACGUAAGGGACACAAAUUCGUUGUGACGUCGCUGCAGCCCGCCGACGUCAAGGCGUGGGAAAACACACUCGAGAAGGACGCCCAUCAGACUGCCGCUCGGCCAAGUUUCCCUCGCACAGCAAGGGAAUUUUUGAGUUCCACCCCCAUCGCGGCUCAACAGCAAUCCAUGAAGUCUCCCGCCGCCAUCGAAGAGAGGCAGCAGCAUGGCUUUGGCUCGCUAACACCGCUCCCUGCUCCUCCGGCUCGGCCGCGCGCCGCCGUGCAACGUCUCAGCCACAGCGGCCUGUCACAAGGAGACGACGGCAACGAGACUUACAGCGAGCCCGGCUCGUCCUCGCUGCAAAGGUCAACGGCCCGUUCCAAGAAACCCACGGAGCAGGUCUCGGCGGCUGUCAAGGCAUAUACCGGGCUCAAUAACCCUCGAAACUGGUGCUAUGCCAACAGCACGCUCCAGUCGCUUCUCGGCUCUCCCGGGUUCGGAAGAGAGUUGGCUGAUUCGGAGUGGGUUCACAAAUAUUCGGUUCCUCGAAAGGAGGACGAGAAGAUUGACCCACCCCAACUCAUGGUUCGGAUCUUGUCCAAUCUCUUUCACUGGAUGAGCACUGGCACGUUUGAGACAAUGAAAGCGCAGACGCUGAUGGAUUAUUCUCGACAGCUCUGCAAAUCCAGCGAGGCAGAGUCGCAAUUCGGCGGAUCACACCAGCAGGACGCGCAGGAGUUCAUGUCCUUCAUCAUGGAGCAGCUACACGACGAGACGAACCCUUGUCGAAAUAAAGCUGGCAACGCAAAGCAGCCAACGACAAGCGGGCGACCGCUGGUUCGGGCCGCCAUGGAGUAUUGGGCGAAUCAUUCCGAGUUCAACCAGUCCAUCAUUGACAGGUAUUGGCGAGGCAUCGAGCUGUCCACCGUCAAAUGCAUGGAAUGCGACACACGUACGCACACCUUUUCUCCCUUUGGUUUGAUCCCCGUCCCUGUCACCCAUGACCAGGACAUGACACUCUCGGAGGCCCUGAGUGACUACGUCGCGGGAAACCAGUUGGACGACUUCAGAUGCGACCACUGCAAUGGCGAGAAGAAGGCCACGCAGUCCCUGUCACUUGCCCGGAUGCCGCCUCUUUUGUGCGUCAGCUUCCGUCGCUUCCACUACCACGGGCAGGUUCUGUCCAAGUCCAAUACGAUCGUAUCUUGGGACUUCAACGACUUUGACUUUGCCCCCUACUUUCUCGAUGCGUCCGAACAAGACGGCGACGCCAAGGACAGGGCUUUCAGUGGGCCCUUUCGCUACGAAUGCUAUGCCGUUGUGACGCACGCCGGACGACAGCUCAACAUAGGGCAUUACUAUGCCUACGUGCGGGACUCGAGCACGCGUGACCAGCACUCGUGGUACUGCUGCAACGACAGCAAGGUCAGCAAGGUCCGCAUCGGGAGUGGCGACAGCAACGACAUGCAGAAGGAGGUGUUCCGUUCCGGUGAUGAUCGGGUGCCCUACCUGGUCUUUUUCAGGAGGAAGGAUGCUUGA